CCGGCAGUGUGAGGCGAGCAUGCGCUAAAGCAAGCGUAGAGCGACGUAGGCCCAACACAUAAUAAUAUCACUGAUGUUUACGUACGGAAUUUAAAUAAAUAAAAUACUUCUUCGCGGAGAAAAGAUUCUUCAACAGAACGAACGGAUGGAGUUCCCUGUUGACGGCCUGGUCAGCGUGAGCCAAGAGAACCUGGAGAGAUCAGCCCAGGACUACAUGAACAGCCUCCUCCACAGCACACCUGACUCACCCCAACACCUCACCCUCGCAAACAACACACAGGUGCCCAUUGGUCUUUCCAAUGUGGGUUUCGUUCCUCUAUAUGGUGCCAACAUGAGACAGAAAGUCCUUGCCCUGUUCUCCCAACAGGACCAGUUUACAGCGGUGGGGCUGUACCUGUUGGAUCGAUGGUGGUCACUGGAGAACAUCUUAAAAACAGCCGACUCGACCAGAGAUGGAGCUGUGGAGGUGGAGACCAUAGGGGAGCGGAUCGUUCUGUAUGUUUUGAACCGUGUGGUGUACAGAGCCAAGGAGAUUAGUUCUGGCGAACUACCUUUCCUCUGCCACGGAGAGAACGACUACGCCAAGAUCCUUUGGAAAAACGGACAGGCAGUCGGCUUCUACUCAGUCAAACCUGCAGGCAGCUUGUGCAGUUCCUUCUUAACCCAACGCUAUCACAUUCCUGUCAUGGAUUCCAUAUUCGUCAGGAAGUGUCACCGUGGCAACGGUCUGGGUCUUCAGAUGCUGGAGAACUUUGUUGACAGUUUCAAAGAGGAAUGCCUUGGGUUGAGAUACCCCCUUUCAAAAGCUAUGUACAAAGUGUGUGGGAAGUAUCUGAGCCUGUACCCAGCCCACAGAGACCUACUGUGGGAGGUGGAGAGUAUUGGAGGACCCAGCCAGAGGACCAACAUAGCCAACAAGAUCCAUACCAUGGCCACGAGCACCUUAUCGAAGAACCUGUCUUUUACGGAGCACUCUGAAGUGAACCGUGACGUGGCUGAAAACGAGGUGGUCAUGGAGGAAGUGACUUCACACCUACAGGAACAGGAAGCCAUGGAGUACACUGUUGAAAUUGUGGAGGAAGUUACACUGGUCAAAGUGACAAACGGGAAUGAAGAAACGCCGGUUACAACCCGAGGCAGGAGCAGUGGCCUCAAACGCAAGAAGAUCUUAGAGGAAAGCAAAUCAGAGAAAGUCAUCAGGAUUGAGGAUAUUGAAGCAGAGGUGGAGACUCCCAAAGAGAAGCCAGUUGCAGAGCAUCAACAAGAGAAUAAAGAAGUUGCUGCUGUUGCUGAAUCCGACAAAGAAGAGUUAGCUGAGGAUGUCGUUGACACAGCCAUGGAUGACCCAGCAGUAGAGCCUGAGCUCGGAGAGGAGAUUGGAGAAACUGUUACAACACAGACACUCAAGCUUCAGAAGACCACUGUGGUGCUAGUGGACCUGAAGAAAACCUUGCAACCACAAGUGGAGGUAGAAAAUGUGGCCUCAGAGAUCGAGGAGGUGGAGGAGGUGAACGAGGCUCCAAAGGAGGUGGCAGGAACCAAUGAAGACGAAGAAGAAACAGCCGAAGAACCCUCUGAGGAAAAGAAAAGAAGAGAGAGACCAAGAUCCACUCGUCUCACAAAACCUGUUGAGGCUGAGGAGGAGACGGAGGAAGAGGAGCAGCCAGCAGUUGAGGAACCUGCUGAGGAAGAGGAGAAGAUCUCACCACCUGAAGAGGAAGAAGAGGCUCCAGUUGUAGAAACAAGAGUCCUGAGGAGAGGAAGAAAAAGUGUUCCAGUUACUUCGACUCCAAAACGCAAGUCCACAAGAAGAGGCAAACAGCAUGAGGAGGAGGAGGAAGAGGUAGCUGAUGAAGAGGCAGCUGAGGAAGAAGAAGAUGCACCAGUAGUUCUGAGGAGAGAAAGGAAAUCUGCCCCUGUUCCUGCCCCUGCAACACCUCCAACUGUUGUUGAAGCAGAAGAGGCAGAGAAAACAGAUGAAACGACAGAGGAGGUAGUAGACGACAAAGUCCAGGAAAAAGCUGUUGAGGAAGAGGAAGAGAAGGCCACAACAACAACAAGCCAAGAUGAAGAGGAAGUGGAAGCAGAGAGCCUUGAUGAGGUUGUGGAAGUUCCUCCAGUUGUGGAAACUAGAGCUAAGAGGAGCAGGACAAAAACAGUCGCAGCAGCCACACCCAAACGAAAGUCCACACGAAGCAAGUCCUCUGUGGAUUAUAAGGAACAGGAUGCAGAGGAGGAGGAAACAGAAAAAGAGGAGGUGUCUGAGGAUGCUAUCAUUGAGGAGACGGAGAAGCAGCCUGAGGAAAGCACAUCAGAGAACGUCAUCAGGAUUGAGGAUAUUGAAGCAGAGGUGGAGACUCCCAAAGAGAAGCCAGUUGCAGAGCAUCAACAAGAGAAUAAAGAAGUUGCUGCUGUUGCUGAAUCCGACAAAGAAGAGUUAGCUGAGGAUGUCGUUGACACAGCCAUGGAUGACCCAGCAGUAGAGCCUGAGCUCGGAGAGGAGAUUGGAGAAACUGUUACAACACAGACACUCAAGCUUCAGAAGACCACUGUGGUGCUAGUGGACCUGAAGAAAACCUUGCAACCACAAGUGGAGGUAGAAAAUGUGGCCUCAGAGAUCGAGGAGGUGGAGGAGGUGAACGAGGCUCCAAAGGAGGUGGCAGGAACCAAUGAAGACGAAGAAGAAACAGCCGAAGAUCCCUCUGAGGACAAUAAAAGAAGAGAGAGACCAAGAUCCACUCGUCUCACAAAACCUGUUGAGGCUGAGGAGGAGACGGAGGAAGAGGAGCAGCCAGCAGUUGAGGAACCUGCUGAGGAAGAGGAGAAGAUCUCACCACCUGAAGAGGAAGAAGAGGCUCCAGUUGUAGAAACAAGUGUCCUCAGGAGAGGAAGAAAAAGUGUUUCAGCUACUCCGACACGCAAGUCCACACGAAGAGGCAAACAACCACAAGAAGAGAAGGAGGGGGAGGAAGAGCCAACUGAGGAAGAAGAAGAUGCACCAGUAGUGGAAAACAUAGUUCUGAAGAGAGAUACCAGAGGCAGAUUUUCUGAUCUUGCCCCUGCUCCUGCCACACCCAGAAGCAAAUCCACACAAGCCUGCAAACAGCCUGAGGAAGAGGAGGAGAAGGAAGAGGAGUUGGCUGAACCUGUUCAGGAAGCUUUGGAAGAAAAGGUGGAGAAAGAAAAAGCAGUGGAUGAAGCAGCAGCUGCAACGGUGGAGUGUGUGGGGGAAGAGAAGGUGACAGAGGAAGCCAGAACAGAGGAAGAGGGAAAGGUGGAGGAAGAGAAGGAAGAGGAAGCUGAAGCUGCAGCUGAAAGUGUACCAGUGGAGGAGGAGAGUGUUGCAGAAGAAAAGGUGGUGGAGGGAGAAACAAUUCAGGAAGAGAAAAGGGUAGAGGAAGAAAAGGAGAUUGGAAAGACUAUUACAACACAGACACUCAAGCUUCAGAAAGCCACUGUGGUGCUGGUGGACCUGAAAAAGACCUCGCGCCCACAAGUGGAGGAUGAAAAUGUGGCCACAGAGAUAGAGGUGGAGGAGGAUGAGGAGGAGGCUCUAAAAGAGGAGGUGGCAGGAACCAAUGAAGACGAAGAAGAGAACAAAGAAGAAACAGCCGAAGAACCCUCUGAGGAAAAGAAAAGAAGAGAGAGACCAAGAUCCACUCGUCUCACAAAAUCUGUUGAGGCUGAGGAGGAGACGGAGGAAGAGGAGCAGCCAGCAGUUGAGGAACCUGCUGAGGAAGAGGAGAAGAUCUCACCACCUGAAGAGGAAGAAGAGGCUCCAGUUGUAGAAACAAGAGUCCUGAGGAGAGGAAGAAAAAGUGUUCCAGUUACUUCGACUCCAAAACGCAAGUCCACAAGAAGAGGCAAACAGCAUGAGGAGGAGGAGGAAGACGUAGCUGAUGAAGAGGCAGCUGAGGAAGAAGAAGAGGCACCAGUAGUUCUGAGGAGAGAAAGGAAAUCUGCCCCUGUUCCUGCCCCUGCAACACCUCCAACUGUUGUUGAAGCAGAAGAGGCAGAGAAAACAGAUGAAACGACAGAGGAGGUAGUAGACGACAAAGUCCAGGAAAAAGCUGUUGAGGAAGAGGAUGAGAAGGCCACAACAACAACAAGCCAAGAGGAAGAGGAAGUGGAAGCAGAGAGCCUUGAGGAGGUUGUGGAAGUUCCUCCAGUUGUGGAAACUAGAGCUAAGAGGAGCAGGACAAAAACAGUCGCAGCAGCCACACCCAAACGAAAGUCCACACGAAGCAAGUCCUCUGUGGAUUAUAAGGAACAGGAUGCAGAGGAGGAGGAAACAGGAAAAGAGGAGGUGUCUGAGGAUGCUAUCAUUGAGGAGACGGAGAAGCAGCCUGAGGAACGCACAUCAGAGAAAGUCAUCAGGAUUGAGGAUAUUGAAGCAGAGGUGGAGACUCCCAAAGAGAAGCCAGUUGCAGAGCAUCAACAAGAGAAUAAAGAAGUUGCUGCUGUUGCUGAAUCCGACAAAGAAGAGUUAGCUGAGGAUGUCGUUCACACAGCCACGGCGGACACGGCAGUAGAGCCUGCGCUUGGCGAGGAGAUUGGAAAGACUGUUGCAACACAGACACUCAAGCUUCAGAAAGCCACUGUGGUGCUGGUGGACCUGAAGAAAACCUUGCAACCACAAGUGGAGGAUGAAAAUGUGGCCUCACAGAUAGAGGAGGUGGAGGAGGAGGCUCUAAAAGAGGAGGUGGCAGGAAUCAAUGAAGAUGAAGAAGAGAACGAAGAAGAAACAGCCGAAGAGGAAAAGAAAAGAAGAGAGAGACCAAGAUCCACUCGUCUCACAAAACCUGUUGAGGCUGAGGAGGAGACAGUGGAAGAGGAGCAGCCAACAGUUGAGGAACCUGCUGUGGAAGUGGAGAUCUCGCCACCUGAGGAAGAAGAGGAGGCUCCAGUUGUAGAAACAAGAGUCCUGAGGAGAGGAAGAAAAAGUGUUCCAGCUACCCCGACUCCAAAACGCAAGUCCACAAGAAGAGGCAAACAGCCCGAGGAAGAGGAGAAUAUGGAGGAGCCAGAGGAAAAAGAGGCAGCUGAGGAAGAAGAAGAGGCACCAGUAGUGGAAGCAAGAGUUCUGAGGAGAGGAAGGAAAUCUGCUUCUGCUCCUGCCCCUGCAACACCUAGACGCAAAUCCACACGUGCCAGCAAAGAACCUGAAGAGGAGGAGGUGGCUGAAUCUGUGUGGGACGCUGUGGAUGAAAAGGAGGAAGUAAAACCAGUGGAAGAGGAAAAGGCAGAGGAGAAAGCAACACUAAUGGAUAAAGAGGACAUGGUGGAGGAAGCUGCAACAGUGGAGAGUGUGGGGGAAGAAAAGGUGACAGAGGAAGCCAUAUCUGAGGAAGAGGGAAAGGUGGGGGAAGAGAAGGAAGAGGAAGCUGAAGCUGCACCUGAAACUGCAACAGUGGAGGAGGAGAGUGUUGCAGAAGAAAAUGUGAAUGAAGAAGCAACAACUGAGGAAGAGGUAAAGGUGGAGGAAGAGAAGGAAGCGGAGAGAGUGGAAGAAGAAAAGAUUGAGGACGCCGCAGCUGAAACUAUUAGUGUGGAAGAAAAGAUGGAGGAGGAAGCAACAACCACAGAGGAAGAAAAGGAAGAGGAAAAAGUUGAGGAAGAGAAGAAAGAAGAAAUAGUUAUUGAACUAGCUGUAGAACAACUAGCUGAGGAAGUUGCUGUGAUAGAAGAGGCAGAAAAAGUGGAGGAGAAAGAGGAAGCAAAGCCAUUUGAGGAAGAGGAGAAGACUUCACCGCCCGAGGAGGAAGAGCAAGCUCCAGUAGUGGAGGAAGAGGAUGCUCCAGUUGUAGAAACAAGAGUUUUGAGGAGAGGAAGAAAAAGUGUUCCAGCUACUCCGACUCCAAAGCGCAAGUCCACAAGAAGAGGCAAACACGCGGAGGAAGAGCCAGCUGUGGAAGAAAAGGCACCAGUAGUGGGAACCAGAGUUCUGAGGAGAGGAAGCAGAGGCAGAGUUUCUGCUCCUGCCCCUGCCACACCCGGAAGCAAAUCCACACGAGCCCGCAAACAACCUGAGGAGGAGAAGGAAGAGGAGGUGGAAGCAGAAAUGGUAGAUGAGCAAAAGAUGGAGGAGGUGGUUGCACCUGUUCAGGAAGCUGUGGAGGAAGAAAAAGCAGUGGACAAAGUAGAAGCUGAAACUGCACCAGUGAAAGAGGAGAAUGUUGCCGAACAAAAGGUGGUGGAGGGACAAACAACUCAGGAGGAGAAAACGGUGGAAGAAGAAAAUAUUGAGGAAUUUGCAGCUGAAACUGCUACUGUGGAAGAAAAGGUGGAAGAAAAAACACCUGAAAAUGAGGAAAAGGUUGAAGAAGAGAAGGAAGCAGAAGCUGAAACUGCACCAGUAGAAGAGAAGAGUGUUGCAGAAGAGGAAGAAAUUGUUGAAAUGGAUGUAGAAAAACUAGCAGAUGUAGGUAAAGAGGCAGAACAAGUGGAGGAGGCAACAGCAGUUGAAAGUGUUGCAUAUGAAGUGGUAGUAAAGCCAGUUGAGGAACUUGCUGAGGAAGAAGAGAAGACUCCACCACCUGAGGAGGAAGAAGAGGCUCCAGUUGUAGAAACAAGAGUCCUGAGGAGAGGAAGAAAAAGUGUUCCAGUUACUCCUCCAAAACGCAAGUCCACCCGAAGAUGCAAACAAGCUGAGGAAGAGGAGGAGGAAGAAAAGCCAGCUGUGGAAGAAGAGGCUCCAGUUGUGGAAAGUGUUGCAGAUGAAGUGGUAGAAAAGCCAGUUGAGGAAAAGAAGACCUCACAACCUGAGGAGGAAGAGGAGGCUCCAGUUGUAGAAACAAGAGUCCCGAGGAGAAGGGAAAAAAGCACUCCUGUUAAUCCUCCAAAACGUAGGUUCACACCAAGAGGCAAGCAAGCCGAGGAAAAUGAGAAGGAGGAGGAAGAAAAAGUAGAGGAGGUGGCUGAACAUGUGCCGGAAGCUGUGGAGGAAAAGGAGGCGGCAGCUGAGGAAGAUGAGGCACCGGUAGUGGAAGCCAAAGUUCUGAGGAGAGGAAGGAGAUCUGCCCCUGUCACACACAGACGCAAAUCCAAACGAGCCCGCAAAGAACCUGAAGAAGAGGAAGAGGCGAACGAGGAGGAAAAGGUAGAGGAGGAAAACGCAGUGGAGGAGAAAAAGGUGGUUGAGGUUGAGGAGAAUAAGACAGAGGCAGAUGUUGCGAUGGAGGAGGAAGAAGAAAAGGUUGAAGAGUCAGCAGAGACAAAAGAGGAAGAAGCCAUCACACAGCAGCCAGAGGAGGUGGCAGAGCAAACAGAGGGGAAGGAAGAAGUAGAGAACACUGCUGAAACAGAAGAAGAAGAAAAGGGAGCUGACGAAGAAACGGCUAAAGCGGUAGAGAAGAAGGAGGAAGGAGACACCACCAAUGUGGAGGAAAAUACUGACGAGGCAACAGCGACUCUUGCUGCUUCUCAAGAUGAAGUAGAGGGAGUAGAUGGUAAAGCUUCAGAGGAAGAGGAGGGAGAAACUCCAGCGGUUGAAGCGGAAGAGGCAGAGAAAACAGAAGAAACUACAGAGGAAGUAGAAGACAAUGUCCAGGACAAAGCUGUUGAGGAAGAGGAUGAGAAGGCCACAACAACAACAAGCCAAGAGGAAGAGGAAGUGGAAGCAGAGAGCCUUGAGGAGGUUGUGAAAGUUCCUCCAGUUGUGGAAACUAGAGCUAAGAGGAGCAGGACAAAAACAGUCGCAGCAGCCACACCCAAACGAAAGUCCACACGAAGCAAGUCCUCUGUGGAUUAUAAGGAACAGGAUGCAGAGGAGGAGGAAACAGGAAAUGAACCCACAGUGGAAGAAGGGGAGGAUAACGUAGUGACAGAAGAGGAAAGCGUAGUAGAGGAGGAGGGAAAAGAAAAAGAGGAGGGUGCUAUCGUUGAGACGGAGAAGCAGCCUGAGGUAACGAGAGUUCUAAGAGUGAGGCUAACUGCCAUGCCCAUAACCACACCCAUGGCCACACCCACACCACAGCAUACAUCCACAAGAAGCAGCAAAAUAGUUACACCUGAGAAGGUCGAGCCUGAGGUGGGCAUGCUUUCAUCAGAUGAAGAGCAGGAAGAGAGCCCUGUGGAAAAGAGAAAUCUCCGGAAGAGAAAAAGCAUGGAACCAACACCUGUUGGCAGAUCCAAGCGCCGCAGCAGAACUUAGACUGUGUUUUUUUGUUCAGUUUAAAAAAAAUAUGCAUCUAUUUAGUGAAGAUCAUUUUCUUCUAUCUAUUUGUAAGUUAAAAUAAAAUAAAAUAAAUAAAUAAACUCACUUCACAGUUUUCUGUAAUUUUUCUGAAAGUCGAUAUGCAGUAUAUUUGAUACCUUUUCAUAUUGUACAUAUAUUUAGCAUUUUAAGUACAAAUCUGUGAACAGUUUUUUUUUUUUUACCUUAGUGGCUUGUAACACGAUGUGUUUCAGUCGUUUUCUGAUAAAUGUAUAGCAGUUUUUAACUGUUUCUGUUGCAGUUUCUAACAGCACAACUAAAAGUCUGUUCUAUUUUUUUGUAAUCACAAUUUGGUCAUGAUCUGAUAAGAUAAUAUUUAUUCCCUCAAAAUACUGCUUCCCAUAAUCGUCUAAAACAACAUUUAUUCCCUCAAAAUAAUCCUAACUUCAGAAUGCCAAACGGUGUCUCCUCAAGUAAGACUCAAGAAGUCUAUAAAGAAAUGAAUAUAUUUUUUAAUACGAAUUUAGUUACAUCGGGACACACUAGCACUAAUCGUCAUUAAGAACAUAUUUUGGGCCACCUGGCUCCAUGCUCAAUCAGGAAUAUCUUAGAAAAUAUGAAAUAUUGAUAUCUGCAAUAGUGCAGAUACAUAUGAAAACAUUAAAUGACCCCGGGAAUCGAUAGAACAUUGCUCAGAGAUGCACAAAAACAAUAUAACAUCUCCCCUUUAAUAAUCUUAUAACAAUCUUUUUUUAAGCAAGCUAUGUUUGUUUUUUUUCUACAAAUUUCAGUGACAUUUCUUGUGGAAAUUUGGAAUGCUUACAUUUUCACCCAAAUAUAAUUUUAUACAAAUGUUUUCAACAGAACUCAGGAUAUAAAAUCAAAUUUGAUGUAUUUUUUCUUUAAUGGUUAAUUUCGACAUAAUUCUUCAUUUGAAAUGUUUUAUGUCAACACUUUGUGUCAUUGUGUUACAGUUUGUGUGUAUAAAAAUAUUUGGUACACUUUGAACAUAUGAUAUUUAGUGUUAAAACAACAACCAAAUACACACAUUUAUCAUUUAAGGUUUUGAUAGACAGUAAAUUCAAUUUUAAUAACAGUAAUAACAUGGUCAUACAGAACAGUUUGUAAAAUAAAGUUUAAAAGUUUAAAAUAAAGUUUAUAAUAAAAUCUAUAAACUGAGCUAUGAUGUUAAACUGUGAGGAUUUCUUUCUCGUGAGAGAUGUGAAAAUAUAUAUACACUGUGAGUUUUCGUUUGUGUGUGUUAUUUUAAUAAUAAGAUUUAUCUUGUUUCAGACUUUCAACGCUUUCUUAUAUGUCUCAAUGCUCCACAAAGGCACAAGCCAGCAGUAGCAUAUCUUGCUCACAAACAUUUUCAUUUAGUAAUGUUGAAUUUUAUGACAAACCUCUCCUUGCAUUAUGUGGAAUAAACUUAUGUAACUUUUCUCCUCUGACACUGUGAUUUGUUAGGAUCUUUGGUAGUAAAUAAAGAUUUUCACUGUUUUACCUA